CGGAGUCGUACAUACAUAAUGACUUGUAAUAAAGUCGUUCCUUCAAACUCGUUCCUUCGUUUGUUAUUGAGAUUACAACGAAAGGCUGCUUGACCUGACGGUUGCUGCCCCUUGUUGAACGAAGAAGCGUGGGUGCAGAUAGAAAUUAAUUCCUCGCCAACAACCAAGUAAGGCAAUAUUUGCAGUGAUAGCGAGGCCAGAUAAACUCCUGCUGGGUUGUUUGAGGUCCAGCAUUCACGCUGCGACCGGUAAUAUCUCUAACUGUUACUUGGCUAGCUGAGCGUCGUCACGGGCAGGAAUUUCCAGUCCAUAACUUCAUUAGGUGGUGGGCGGAUAACUGAGUCGUGCGGCGAAGCGGAGAGGCAGGCGGCUUUCAGACGGAACGUCCGUGAUGAGGCUCGCUCUGAACAGAUUUCUGUAUUUCUGCUUCUGGGCUGUUGCACUGCACUCCGUGGAUACCCUGGGCCAGGACUGCUUUAGCUCAAUUGGUCCGGGCUGUAGGAACCAGUGUGAUAAAGGGGACUUUGACUCUACCCUCAACCUGACUUGGCCAUCUCACUUAGGCGACGAGAUCUGUACAUGCCAAGGCACAAGCUCCGUGAGAGUCAGUCAACCACGUGAACAGUCCCCUGGUCCCGUUUGCUCUGAGUUUGGCAGUCCAACCGAGUGUGAAAGGCUGGUACCACUUCCGAAACCGGGAUGCUUGACUGCGCUUCUGGCUGGUCCGAAUUGUGGCGGUGAAACAUGGAAAAUCGAGCUGCAGUGGUUUUGUCCAGAGCUGCAUGGUAAGUGGUUUUGUCCAGAGCUGCGGCAUGGAUCACUUUGGCAUUUAGCCGGGUUUCGCAUUCGAUUGAUAGAAGAAACAUCCCCUGUCAGCGUGUUUGAAGUCAUUGACGUGGAAGUUGAUUUGUCCACUGGGACGGGCAUUUCACACGGUUUCCAGUACAGCCUUGUGUCCUCAGUGAAUGAGUACAGUUCUCCUGGCGUGUGGAUUGUCAGUCGAGUAUUGAGUGAAAACACCAAUGGAAGGUUUAUCAAGUCUGGUACCAGCUGGAACUUGACUGCACAGGUCAUUUCACUACCACUUCAGUCGAAUCAGUCCGAAAGUCUAGACAGUGACCAGAGUACCCAUGUUAAGGUGCAAGGUGUGAAAAGUUGCAGGUCACUGACAGGAUGUGACAAGAAUUAUAUGCAGUUCAAUGCUAAUCAAGGGCAUAGCUGCCACUCCGCAGCAUGCCAGAGGAACGCCAUCCAGCACAACCCAGCCGUGUUCUGUUCUUGUGUUCCUCAGCGGCCUUGCGUGAACCUAACACUGGCACAAAAUUACCGGUCACUGGAGAUAACAUGGGGUAUGACUGAUAACAAAGUCAGCGCUAGCUUCUUCAGGAUUACUGUUGAUCACCGUGGCAACAGUGGCACCUUCAAUUACUCUCUAAAUGAGUCAAUGUUAACUUCAAGUGAACAGAUCGGGAAUGCAAGUCGAAUUCUCGUGUGUGAUCCCUUAAUAAGCUCGUUUAAGAUCACCAGGGACCUCAACGUGCAAGUUCUUCCAAACGAACGCAUUCAUGUAACUGUUAUGCCAAUGUUUAAGAGGAGUGACCAGACCGUAGUUGAAGGCGAGGGGGCAGGGGUAGCAUCUGUAAUCCGGCCUCCGCUGCCUACAGAUCCACCUGUGCCUAAUGAUAAAAGUAGCAGCUCUGGAACUAUCCCAGGGAUUAUCGGUGGAUUACUCGGUGCCUGUCUUCUCCUGCUCGGCAUUCUACUGGCUUUUCGUAUCCGGGCAUAUCUGCUUGAGAGAGCACGGCAACCUAUCAAUGUAUUGAAAAGGGCAAAGAAGACGAUACUCAUGACGCUGGAUGACUUGGAAGUAGUUGCAGAAUCUUUGGUGCAGAACAUGGUCAUUCAGAUUCUAUCGAAAGAGUAUCGGGCAUUUUAUGAUGCCACAUGCAGAGAAGACCAGCUAGACUGCCUUGUUGAUGUGGUUCCCUGCAGGGGUGAACCUGCUUUCGGGUAUCUUCUCUAUGCCUUCCGUAAAUCUGGAUAUGAGAACCUCGCAAAAAGUCUCUUCUUCCAGGUUACCGAAGAUGUGCAAGAACGAAUACGGCCAAUAGUAUUUCCUCCGCCACCGUCCCCAGCUCCACGGCCGCCACCAAGUUACGACUGUCCACAAGUGUACAUCUCCUACUCGCGUUACAACAGGGACGAGGCUCUGAAAGACGUGUACCAUUUAUGCGGUAUGCUUGAGUCAUGCUGUGUUGAUGUUGUAAUUGAUGAGGAUCAUAUGACUGAUAUGGCUGAUAAUGUUCCACAGUGGAUUUCUGAGCAGGUGGCCAAAGUGCAAUUCGUCAUUGUUGUUCUCGACCACACGUAUCCGUUGAACCUGUCAACGCAUGUGCAACAGGACAUAGAGUACUACACGGACGACCAGGGCUAUAGUCGUGCGCGCCUCGAGAGUCACUAUCUACAGGGAGAGACGUACUGGGGCCGGCGCAACUUCAUCAUCCCGGUACAGUUUGGAACGCUUCACAGUGGUCAUGGUAACGAUGUACCCAUGCUGCUGCGUGGUAAGACACGUUAUCACCUUCCACACCUAUUCCUGCUCGAUGAUGAGCAGUUUCAGUUGAUGGUCAGACGUAUCCUGGGUGAACAUCUGCACAAGUAUGUGACUGAUCAUUUUGCACAGCCCACCUAUGCGGCAGGCUACCCGCAACAGGACACUAGCGAUUUGUAGCCGUGCACAGCAGUAUUUAGGCACAACUCGACCAUCACAAUCAUUGAAUUUAUCCUCAAUCAUAUCACAUGCAGAACUUGAGCUUUGACUUCUUGCCGGUAAUAGUUCUUCCGAGGUCUAGCCUAUACAUGCAAUACAUCUAUUCAUCCCCCCCCCCCUUGAGUUCUGCUACCACUGUCAUG